AUGGCCGUGAACGGCGAACGUGACGAGGCGCAGGAUCGAGUGAUCAACAAGACGCUCGACCUGAUCGACAAUCUUGAUGCCGACCAGGCGCGCAGUCUUCUCCGCUGUUUCAUCAUCGACGAAGAAAACUUCGAUUCUCAAGCGCUCGCCACAAUUGCGAAAACGGUGCGCGCGACCUGUGAUGGGACUGGGGGUGACUACGAUGCUCUGUGCCAUUUUCCCAGCGGCGCCGUGGCUCGGCUGAACAGAGAGCAUCUCCUCGCGGCAUUGGCUGCGUCGGCUGCGUCAGCCGAGGCGGAGACGACUCACGAUCACAAAAUGGCUGGAUUGGCCGAGAAACUGGCCGCUGACCUCGGAGACCUCGAGUUCGAGAAGCAGGAGACCAGGCGCCUGAUGCGUGACGGCCACGUCACGAUCAACCACUACUACGUGAACCAGAGCCCAAAGGGCCAGCAACAGACCCAGCCAGAGGUGCCUCAGCCCCAGGUGCCUCCUCAGCCCCAGGUGCCUCCUCAGCCCCAGGUGCCUCCUCAGCCCCAGGGACAUCUCUGCGUUCUGUGCAACCAACGUUACCUUGACGAAGAUAAUGUGCCUCGGAAGAACGGCGAACAUCCCUGCAGCUACCAUACAGACGGCACGAGAAGGGUUGUCACCCGGCUCUUCACAGGCCGGCUUGAGUAUGGCUGA